UGAAUGAACACGCCUACGUCAUAGUAGUUGGUGUUUCGUCACAGCGGGGAUUAUUGUCGAUCAAUCGCUAUUGUUUAAAUGUAACGAAAUACUUCGGCGAUUCGAGAGCGUUUGUAGAUUAAAAUAAUUCGAACUUUAAAAAGUUUUCAAGACAAAAUGGCGUGCAGAAAUACAGGUAUCCUCCGUUUUUUCCUCGUUGGUAUUCUGUUGUUUCUAUCAUGGUACACCUUCCAACUUUACGCCGAACUAUUUGGUCGGUUGUCGGUCAAAUCAUCGCCACAGGUGGUUCAAAACACGGCCGAUUCUGCGGGAAAAGCCACCGUAGCCAAGAUAAAGAUUGACGACCCCGAUGCUCUAGUUGAUAAAAACGUCAUCAAAUCUGCAGAGGAAGAAUGGGACAAUAACCAAGGACUUAUGCAACCAAAUGUUAUAAAGAUUAAUAAGAACCCUUGUGCGAUGUCUACCACGUGUACACAAGACCAGUUCAGUUUCAAGAUUAUCACGGGUGCCGCGAACGUCAUCGGACCAAGUGUUUGCUUUAACGGGACUAUAAUUAUGAAGAAUCCUCUAAACAAUGUAGAUCGUGGAAUGAACAUCGCUGUUGUUAACGGGAUUACCGGUGAAAGUGUUAAACAAAUUGUAUUUGAUCUUUAUGGGAAAGACAGCACAGAAUUGAAAGCAUUUCUUAAAGAGCUGAAACCGGAACAUAUAAUAUUGGUGACUACUUAUGAUGAUGCAGCUUUCAAGCUUGAUGAUGAAGCAAAAAACAAUCUGGAAGCACUUGGGAGCUCUAAAGCCAAAGAUUUAGGAUUUAGAGAUAAUUGGAUAUUCGUUGGCGGGCAGAGCAUUAAACAUCCAUCAGAAUUUGAACAAAUUAAUAAAAAUGAAAAGGAGAAGAAUAAAUAUGGGGAUUGGCCGGAAGCGAUUAUCAUGGAAGGGUGUUUGCCGAAGUUGAGGUGACAACCCUCUGGUGUAACCUAGUGGUGGGAAACAAACCGUUGAAACUUUACCUUUUAAAAUAUUUAUAUAUCAAUAUUAAUCUGCUGUUCUUGUGUAUGGCUAGUAUGAAGCAUAUUCAAAGUUACAUACAUAAUAUUGGUUAUGUAAUGAAUAGACACAACAGGUGAAGCCUGAAUGGUCUUUGUGUUGAAAAAACUAGGCAUAGGCACUAAACCUGGGGUGGCAGGGUUGGCGGGCUUUCCCUGCGAUUUUCUGCACUUUUUUAAUCUGAGUUAAUCUGAAACCGAAUUUGUUCCAUAAAAAUCAGGUGUCUAACUAUUCGUGCCUCCCCUACAAUUUGAAAAGUUUGGUGCCUAUGGUCUAAAUCUUAGAUAUACCCAACACUCACUAUACUAUGCUGAUGGAAAUACACCAAGAAAUAUAUCUUCAGUAAAAACAUUCAAUCUAUUUUAUCCUCUCCACAUAUCUGUACCAGAAUUGGAAGCCCCCUUUUUCUCUUUUUUUUUACUCUUUCUCUCUUUAAGUUUAAGGUGAAAAAUCAGCCUCAGUAAAUGCUUUGAAGCAACGCGUAUGCAGGGAAUUUGGAUACUUUUUGUGAAAAAAAGGCAUGGACUGCAUCAAUAACAUUUAGAAAAACUGUGGGGUCUGAAACACUUUUUUUGAAAAACUUGGACACUUUUGUUAAAAAUAGACAUGAAAUAAGUAAGAACCCUGUUUUAUUGCGCUGCACAUCAGAGUUAAUGCAUUCCAUUAAGAAAUGUUUUAAAUCAAGUUUGAACAGUUCCAUAGGCAUAGUUUUUACCGGACAAAUUUUUUUGGGUGGUAACAACAUAUUACCACAUUAGGAGAAACUGCGUUAAAAUCGAGCAAGCUGCUGUUCAUAUUUCGUGUGUGGGUGUAAUACUGUCAUACUCAGUGGCGCAGCCAGAAAAAUAUAGGGGGGGGGGGGGGGGGGGUUUAAUCAAAAAAUGUUUCAAAAUUUAAAAAAAAAAAAAAAAAAAUUUUGGGGGUUUAAAAGGGAGGUCACAACCCCCGAACCCCCCUUCUGGCUGCGCCACUGGUUUUACUCGAUCCUCCGUGCUGUCACGGUACAAUGUAUUGCACUUGGCCAACCACACUUUCCAUACAUUCAUGAUUUUUGGGCGGCCAUAAAUAAAUAUCCCCGGUUAUAGUAUGGUAGCAACUUUAUGCAUUCUGAUACAGCCAUUCAUGUUUGCCUAUCCUGCUUCUAGUUGCAUGAAGUAUAAAUGAGAACUUUUAUAUGUUUCGUAUUUAUAUCCUGCAGCUUGUAUGUUCGCGCUUCUAUCAUAUUAGACUUUUGUAUUAUUUGGCUAUUUUAAGUAAUAUAUUCUUCUCUUAACUGUCUUGUACUUAGAUUCGUUUCUGUGAUGUAAUAAACCACUCAAUGACAGUUGAA